AUGGAAUCCGCAACGUCCGGCAGACUGUACAAGGCGACAACAAACCGUUUUGUGGGACGGAUUGGCGGCAACCAGGAGUUUGUUGUUGACAAGGACCACGAAGACUGCGAUGGGAUCCUCAGCAAAGCUCCUGAUGCUGCGCCAGGCAUGUUAAUUUCUCAACAACUCUCCCUCGCCGGCUUCGCCCAACUCAGCCUUUGGAAAGCCGCUCUGAUGGAGGGCGUGGGUAGCCUCCUAUUCAUCUACAUCACCAUCUGGUCCAACAUCUCUCCCGCAGUCAUUCCCACCGCUCCAACCGAGCAAUUGGGUUACUUCGACAAUGCUGCAUACCUGGGUCCCACAACCGGCGCCCUACAGAACUUUAUCCUCCUCACACUCUUUACCUUCGUCUUUGGCGUCCUGACUGGGGCACAUCUCAAUCCCACAAUCACGAUAGGCACUUUCUUCGCCCGACUCACCACACUCCCGCGCAUGGUUCUCUACGUAUCACUUCAAAGCUUUGGCGUCGCCCUCGCAGGUUAUCUUGUGCGUGCUGGCUAUGGGACCCGAGAUUCCAAGACCGGGGGAUGUUGGCUCUUCACUGGCGGAGAGUCACAGUACGCUCUUUACCCGGAAGGUGUUGGACGGGCGUUCUCCAACGAGUUCAUGGCGUGCCUUGCACUACUGUUCCUCGCAUUCGGAGUUGGUCUCGACCCGCGCCAGCAGAAGAUCAUUCCGCCUGCCCUGAGUCCUUUUCUGGUCGGUCUGGUGCUUGGUGUCCUCAGCUGGGCUUUUGGGUACUCGGUGUAUGGAUAUGGAGGGGCGAGUAUGAGUCCAGCAAGAUGCUUUGGAAGUUUCGUUGGAAGCCAUUUCCCAGGUUGGCACUGGUAUCACUGGGUUGCCUCGAUCAGCGCCAGUAUUGUACAUGCAGUGUUCUACUUCAUGAUUCCACCUGGACGGUCUUUGGUGGGAUGA